AUGGCUUCCACCUCGCUGUCGGACCCCCUCGAGUAUCAGAAGAUCUUCCACUGGGCGCAGACCCAGAAGGAUGGGACUGUUCCCUCCUUCAACACCAGGCGGAAUGAUCCAUACGAGUACCAACCGGGCUUUGGAAAUGCCUUCGUCUCCGAGGCAGUCCCAGGCACCAUCCCCCAGGGCCAAAACAGCCCCCGCAAGGUUCGGUUCGGCUUGUACGCCGAGCAGAUCACGGCCUCGGCGUUUGUGGCCCCUCGACACUGCAACAAGCGGACUUGGCUAUACCGAGUUCGGCCCGCUGUCGCUCACCAGGGCUUCACAGAACUACCGGAUAACAAAGAUACCGAGUCGAACUUCCUGCCCCUGAACCCGCGCAUCCAUGUCUCGCCGACGCAGCUGGCAUGGCAUCCGCUCAACAUCCCCAGCGAGGAAGUCGACUUCGUGGCCGGUCUGAAGACCCUUGCUGGAUCGGGCGAUCCCACGCUGCGCGAGGGCCUGGCGACCCAUGUUUACGUCGCCAAUGCCAGCAUGAAGCAAAAGGCCUUUGUCAAUUCCGACGGAGAGUUCUUGAUCAUGCCGCAGCAGGGUGCCCUGGAUAUCCAGACUGAAUUCGGUCGGCUGUUCGUCCAGCCCGGCGAGAUCGUUGUCAUCCAGCGCGGUCUUCGCUUCCGCGUUGAACUGCCCGACGGUCCGUCCCGAGGAUACAUGCUUGAGGUCUGGGGAAGUUCUUUCGAACUCCCGGAUCUGGGGCCGCUGGGUGCCAAUGGUCUGGCUAAUGCGCGGGACUUUUUGACUCCUGUUGCUCAUUACGAGAUCGACCCGAGUCCGUGGGAGAUUGUCUACAAGCUUGGGGGCAAAUUCUUCAAGAGCACGCAGAACCACAGCCCAUUCGAUGUUGUGGCCUGGCAUGGGAACUACAUCCCCUACAAAUACGAUCUCACCAAGUUUGUCAACGUCGGCUCCAUCUCCGUCGACCAUAUCGAUCCCUCGAUCUUCUGUGUGCUGACGGCCAAAUCUCGUGAUCCUGCGGCGCCCCUGGCCGACUUCCUCAUCUUCUCCCCGAGAUGGGAUGUUGCAUCUCACACCUAUCGCCCACCGUACUACCACCGUAACGCCGCAUCCGAACUGAUGGGCCUGAUCUACGGCGAGUACGGCGGACGUUCCGAUGCCUUCAAACCAGGCAGUGUGUCCUUUGAAUGCGGAAUGGUCCCGCACGGCGUCGCCUACGAGGAAUUCAAGGCCGCGUCCGAGAACCCGCCCCCUGCAGCGCAAAUCUCGCACGGAUCCAUUGCGUUCAUGUUCGAGUCUAGCCGCCCGUUCACCAUCACUGACUUUGCGUGGAACAGCGAACAUAAGCACGAGCAUGAGCCCAAGAUGUGGGAUAACCUCGUCGACCACUUCUCCGAGCAUGCCAAGGAGGUCGAGGAGAUUCUGGCGAAGAAGGCCAAGGGUCUUGCCAUUCGAUAA